UGUAAAAUCAAGCAAAGUGUUUGAGAGAAUGUGGCUGGCAAGAGAAUUAGUUAACGCCAAAAAGAAUAGCUUGAUCGCUGCGUGCAUUCAAGUUGCUAUGAUUGCGACUUUCUUCUUAACUGCCCGUUCACUUGAAAAUCAAGUUCAUACUGCGCAUAUAACCACUGUCUUGGGAGACAAGAUCAGUUUGAACUGUUCUGCUAAUCAUCUGUCUGAAGAAAUUACAAUGAUCAAAUGGAGUCGGUCAACAGGAACAACAUCCGAAAACAUUCUAUCCUAUGGUAGCCAAGGCAAAUUGCAUAGGUUCCUCGAAGAUGAUAGACUAACAAUUUCAUCUUCUGACGGAACUGUUCUCCAGAUACAGCCAGUAAACCUAAUGGAUGAAGGAAAUUACACAUGUGAAAUUUCAGCUCUCGAGGGAGUUUUUCGAGACCAUUUUUUCUUAGUCAUAAUAGUCCCACCAGUUGUCAUGGUGAAUGUCACUAUUUUACCAAAUGGACUCAAGAAGUUGAAAUGCAUUGCUUCGAAAGGUAAACCAGCAGCAACUAUUGCCUGGAAAGAGAAUAUUGUUGGAAAUUUCACAGACAUUUUGACUGAUAAUGAUAAUGGCACUGUGACUGUGGAAAGCCAGCUCAUUACAGCUAUCAACUUCACUGAGGAAGACCAAAUCUGCUUCAUAAAACACCCAGCAUUUAAUGAAAUUCAAAACCACACCAUCUCUAUCGGCAUGAAUACAGCCAAGACCAGGUUGAUUUCUCAAAAAUUAAUUUACACUUUAAUAUCAUGUGCAUCAGCCAUCGCACUUGGGAUGGUUGUGGUGAUGAUAUGCAUUAUCAAGAAAAGAAAUGCAGUUCCGGCAAUAAUCACUGAAAACACCCAGAUGAUAAAUCUCCCCCUUCCACAUUCAGGGAGAAGAAAACAACUUCGAAUGGUUAAAGAUCCAAUUUAUCAGAAUACAUCCCACAUGAAAAGAUACCAACAUUCUGGUUAA